AUGAACCUCAAUUUUGUAAACGGUACCGAGAUCGUGGAUAUUGAGGUGAAGAAGAAGUAUCCACUCAACGCUACGGCGCUUGACUGGGCUUAUUUAUUCGCGCCAUAUGACGUGGUCGACAACAAGAGCUCUGAAGGAAUGGCUACGAUAUUGCCAGAUGAUCUAGUCCUGUUCACCGGCAUGGGUGGAAGUCCGAAACUUCCAAUCUCGGACGCCUUUCGUGACUCUAAUAUUAGGGCAAUAGCCGAUGGCGUGUCUUACGCACUAGGCGGUAUCCUGUUGCGUGCAGGAUCGGAGUCAGCGAUUCAUAUGAACACUCUAAUUCCGGAAACUCCUUGGGUCAAGUCCUACAAAAGGUUGGACUGGACGAGCUAUGACUUUAGUCAGCUCACCCCAGCGCUGUAUGAAAAAAUGCUUCGGAACGUCACUAUGUCAAUGCUAUCUCGCCCGAACACGAACACGACUGUAGAGGUGACCAUGUCACCGUGGGAGAACGCUUAUUCGUUUGCUAGCAAGCGAUCUUUGAUUUGGCCUUAUGGUGUAUCUCUUAUUCUGUCAGCCGGAUUCAUCGCUUUUGGACUCGUCGCACUUGGUCAGAAUGGCGUGUCCGCCGAAUCUGGCGGAUUCAUGCAACUGCUGUGUACGACUACCGGGGAUAACCUGGAAAUCAACAAGGAGGCAGCCAAAUGCUCCAUGGGAGGUUCUUCAAAUUUUAGCAACGAACUCAAAGAACUGCGGGUACGAUUUGGCCACAUCAAAGCUACUGCUGAAGGGAAACUAAGAGCAGGAUUUGGGACUGAAGAGGAGACAGAUGCGAUUUAA